AUGCAUGGUGAGAAAGAUGAGAGGCAGCAGCAUGGUAAACAGAAGAAAACUAAUUGUAUCAAUUUUCAGGUGGAUGGGAGUGGAGUACUGGACAAAAACAAAUACUGCAAUCUCUGCAACGUGAUUUUUACUUCCCCAGUUGUUGCUUUGUCUCACUACUUGGGAAAGAGCCACGCUAAAAAGCUGAAGCAAUUAUCAGGAUGCCAAGCCCACAUGCCAGCACAGAGCAUGCAGCCUGUUCCUGCUUUACAGAAGCCAUCAGCUGAGAAGCCCUUGCAGCCUUCAGAAGUUGAAGAGUCUUCAUCAUCCUCCAACCCUUCAUCAUCCUCCAACCCUUCAUCAUCCUCCAACCCUUCAUCAUCCUCCAACCCAAGGCUGAAGCUAAAUGAUCCAAACAAGUACUGCAAGCUCUGCUGCGCUCCCUUCAAUAAUCCACUCGUGGCCCAGGAACAUUAUGUUGGUAAGAAACACAGAAGAAAUGAAGCACGGAAAAAGCUAUUGGAGGAGCUGGGAGACAAAGGCAUCCCUGCAGAAUCCAGCACAAAUGGUUCCUUCUUUUCAGCAGUUGGGGUUGGUUGUUACGUGUGCCCCGUAUGUAAAAUCAUACUUACAUCUAUAGAAACGUACCAGUCCCACAUGCAAGGAAAUAAGCACCGGAUUAAAGAAGCAGUGCUUGUCAGUCUCAUGGAGAAAUCGAAGAAAUCAAAGAAAACAUGUGACUCCUUUCAAGAUGAAUUAACAGGCUGCAUUAAAGUUCAGAAAGCUAGAGGUCUAGAGCCAAGAAGGUAUUUAGGAAAAGCAGAAGAGGAAGAGUUUAGAGAUAAAAACACUGAAGGAGGAAGUGCCCCUGGUGAGGUUAUAUCUUCAAACUUUAAGUGUGAACAAGGCCAGCAUUCUAGCCUUUUCUCAGAAACCCAGUCACCUACAAAUACUGGGGAAAAUAGAUCACCAAGCUGGCCAUCAGCUUGUGAGCAUGCAGUAGAAAAGACACCUAAUUGUCACUGUAACAAGGGGUACUGUAAAGAAGAGCAAGCAGAGCAAGCAUCUGAGGUGGCCACCAUCAGAGAUAACAGCUUCAGCCUAUCAGCUGCAGAAUCUAAAGACUGCUACGAACUUAUGCUUGCUGAAACUUCUACCAGCUCCUACAGAAAAGAACAGAAAUUUCAGAUAAAAUAUUUUGAGGAAGAAAAAUUCAUCAGUGAAGAGCUGAAGUAUGAGAAAGAAGCCACAAAGCAGAAAAGAAAGGAAAAUAUUGAAGGUGCAGAUUUUGGAAAAGAAAAUCAGAAGCAAAAGAGAAUUAAAUUUGACAUAGACUUGGUAAAUGAGAAGAAACCAAGACCUUAUAAAGACAAAAGACUUAAAGAAAACCCUGCUGAGAAAGAGAGCAAAAAGCACAAAAAGGAUAAAAAGAAGCCACAGACAGGUGUCAAAAGAGAAGAGGAGCUACUUUGGGAUGAAUCUGUCUUGGGAUAUUGA